GCUCCAUCGGUAGCAGGCGUAACUUUACUUAACGUAGGCAUCAGCACCAAACAUCUCACAACAACAACCUCCACUGUGGCCUCCCGCUCGGCCACCUCGAGAUCUUCUCACCCGGCUAGCACCAGCAAGAUGCCGGCGCCCAAGCAGAGGAAGAUUGCAAUCGUGGGGAGCAGGGCCGUUGGCAAAUCGAGCUUGACGGUGCAAUUCGUCGACGGCCAUUUCGUCGAGAGCUACUAUCCCACGAUUGAGAAUACAUUCAGCAAAAUCAUCCGCUGCAAGGGCCAGGACUUUGCGACCGAGAUUAUCGAUACUGCAGGCCAGGAUGAAUACAGCAUUCUCAACUCAAAGCACUUCAUCGGCAUCCAUGGAUACAUGAUUGUGUAUUCGGUGGCGAGCAAGCAGAGCUUUGAGAUGGCGAGGAUUAUUCGGGAUAAGAUUCUUAAUCACCUUGGCACCGAAUGGGUUCCCCUCGUCAUCGUCGGCAACAAAUCUGACCUCCGCCCUGAACAACGCCAGGUUCAACCUGAAGACGGCAAGGCGCUGGCUGAAGAGUUCAAAUGUGCGUGGACGGAGGCGAGUGCGCAGUACAACGAGAAUGUGCAAAAAGCGUUUGACCUCAUGAUCGCCGAGGUCGAGAAGAGCCAGAACCCAGGCGAACCAGCUGGCGGAAGCAAGUGCGUGGUGAUGUAAGCCCCAGGGCACAUACCGUCCUCCGCGGACGGGUGGGAGAGAUAGUG